AGGUGCCAGCAUGGACAAGAGUCACCCUGAAAUGUAGACUCUUGACAUUAUUUGUCUGGCAUGGUUACCACGAUUCUCAAAUAUCACAUGGAGUUUAGAAACAGUGCUGUUGGAUUGGUGUCCAUUUUCAAACAGGGUGUCCCGACACUGCUCACCCUCCCUGAGAAAGCAUAGGAUGCUGGGAAUAAGACUGAGGACUGUGAAACUGACAUCCAGGAGGAACAAUGCAGACUCUGUCGCAGACAGGCUUUUUACACCCUUACAGAUAAACACAGUGUUGCAGGAAUUUACUUAUCAACUUGACAUUAUCACUGUCAGACUGAAAACCUGAGAUGAACUUGAGUUGAGGCUGGUGUCAGCCAUUUGAUCUCUAUACACUUAGCGCAACAGCUGUACUUCCAAUCUUGGCAUUAAGUCAAACUCAAUCGCCGUGUAAUAUUAGGUCUAAUAUUAGGAAUGAACUCUGCUCCUCCUUUGGUCUUCAUCGAGUUGUGAUGAUCAGAACAUGAUGUAGUGGACAGGAAAGCAACUGACUGAUAACAGAGCUGAGAUGCUGGGCUGAACUCCUCCUAGAAAAGAUACUUACUGGAAGAUGGACCAGACGCUUUCUUCCUCUUGCUCCUCUUCCUCUUGCUAGAUCAAAUUAAAAUCCCUUUGCUUCUCAUGUUCAAAAUGGUCACAUUGUGCAUUGGACAAUGGGACACGGUCAACUAUGUGCAGUGUAAUGAGGAGUCGCAUCUGAUCGGCGACUUGUUCAGAGGCUACAACAAGAAUAUUCGCCCAGUGGUUCAUCCCGAAGACAAGGUGGAGGUUCAGAUCAAGCUGACCCUCACUAACCUUAUCUCUCUGAAUGAAAAGGAGGAGACUCUGACGAGCAAUGUGUGGAUUGAGAUUCAAUGGACUGAUUAUCGCCUUGCCUGGAACACAUCUAAAUAUUAUGGCAUUGAUGUUAUUCGUGUCCCAUGCAACACUGUUUGGCUUCCUGACAUUGUCCUUGAGAACAACAUCGAUGGAAAGUUUGAUGUGGCUUACUAUGCCAAUGUGUUGAUCAGCAGCAGUGGUUGGAUGUAUUGGCUGCCUCCUGCUAUCUACCGCAGCACUUGUGCCAUUGAGAUCACCUACUUCCCAUUUGAUUAUCAAAACUGCACGCUAGCAUUCAGAUCCCAGACGUACAGUGCCAAUGAAGUGGAGCUCAUCUUGGCUGUUGGAGAAACAGGCAACACUAUAGAGUGGGUGGACAUCGACCCCGAGGCUUUCACAGAGAAUGGCGAGUGGGCCAUCGUCCAUCGUCCAGCCAGGAAGAUGAUCAACGCACGGUAUUCCCCAGAUGACCUAGAGUAUCAGGAGAUCACGUUCAAUCUGAUUAUCCAAAGGAAGCCCCUCUUCUACAUCAUCAACAUCAUCUUGCCCUGCUCCCUCAUCUCCUCAUUGGUGGUACUGGCCUACUUCCUACCUGCACAAGCUGGGGGACAAAAGUUGACUGUAUCCAUCUCUGUCUUGCUGGCUCAGACUGUCUUCCUCUUUCUUAUUGCUCAGAAGAUCCCUGAGACGUCUCUCUCUGUCCCUCUCAUCGGCAAGUACCUGAUCUUUGUUAUGUGUGUCACUACUCUCAUUGCUACUAAUCAAAUUGUGGUGCUGAACUUCUCCCUGCGUAGCCCCAACACUCAUACCAUGUCCCAUACCAUCAAACAUGUGUUCCUGGAAAUGGUACCUCGCUUCCUAGGCAUGUCCCCACUGGUUGAUGACAGUGAGGUGACAACAGAGGUAAACGGAGUGAGGGAGCGGCGGCGCAGCUCCUUUGGCCUCAUGCAGAGAGCUGAGGAAUACGUACUGAAACAACCUCGCAGUGAAAUGAUGUUUGACAAACAAAGAGAGAGGCAUGGUCUCACACGAUCGAUUGUGGAUAAUAUAGAUGUCAGCAGCACAGCCAAUCUGUAUAAGAGUUUGGCCCAAGCUGCACCUGAGAUCAAGCAAUGUGUGGAUGCCUGCAAUUUCAUUGCUGAGAGUACAAGACAACAAAAUAGCAUUGGAUCUGAAAUUGAAAACUGGGUACUGAUUGGGAAGAUGAUUGACAAGGUGUGUUUCUGGGCUGCCAUUCUCCUCUUCAUCAUCGGCACAGUGGGGAUCUUCUUAACAGGACACUUCAACCAGGCACCUGAAUUUCCAUUUCCUGGGCAGAGCAAAAAAUAUGUCCCGAGUUAACAAAACAAUGUUUUUCUCUGAUGAAACCUUUCCAAGGGUCACUGUGCCUCAUGCUGUCUAUAAGGCUGGGCAGUCUUGCUCAUUGAGUCCCAGGCUCAGAUUCAGGGUUGAGUUAGCAGGGCUUUAAUAACAGAGUUUUAACAACAAAUCUGUCUGUGUUCAUAUUCACAGCUCAGACUUAUCUUUGUGAACACUUGUCAGGCAGAUGAGGGUUUUCAUUCAAACUUGCAACUUAGUUCUAAGUUCUUCAUCUUAGUGUGAGUUCUUUGGAUGUAUACAUCAAAUGGAUGGAUCAGGUCUAGUUAAAAAAGUGAUGUUUUAAAUCCUCAUCAUUAUCAUCACAAUCAUCAUCAUCAUGAAAAUCAUACAAAGUACAAUUAUUAUUUGUCAGUUUUGUGGUAUAAAAGACUCAACAGUGUGAGUUUAAGCAAGUUCAGACUUCAGGUCAAGGCUGAAGGAUUUUCACUACCAUGUUGAGAAAGUUAUUUCUGUUGCAGUGAAGAACUUUUCAAAUCAAAACUAUUACAGCAUUAUGUAUUACAUGGAGCCAUAAGUUCAGUAUAUAACUGUAUUAAUAAAUAGCAAUAAAUAAGGUUCAUUAACUGAUGAACUGAUUUUAAUUACAUGUGGUGUGCUAAAGUUGCCCAUCUUCCAUGGGCUUAUGAGAAUCAUCCAUGUAUCCCACUGCAAAACAUAUCUGCUGAAGUCUGGAUACCUUUCCCUGCAUGUACUAUGUCUUACGUGAAGAAUCUGUGCAUGUAACUUGAGCCAGCUCUGAAUCAAAGCCUUAUUCUUUUUACUAUGACUUAUUUAUUAAAAAAGUCUAGUUAGAGGUAGAUGGCUCGGAGUGAUAUUGUCCUGAUUCCAUGUUUUUUAAAUAAAUAUUUGAUUUUGUGCA